AUGUCGCAAGAGAAACCAGUUAAGAAGUUAUCGCGUCACGCCCGUUAUAAUAAAAAACGUAGGCUUGAAAAAGAAAAAAAUUCCACCUUACUAGCGGAUAACAUUAACCUCACUCUAACGACGACAAACAUUAUCUUCAACCCGAACAAAAAAUCGCAUAAUCACUAUAAUAGUGGCUUAAUAUUUGAACGAGGGUGGUUGUUCAGUCCGACACAAUUUGCGACUCGAGGGUUACAUACAAGUGAUGAAAUCUAUUACAUUGAAAAAGAAUGGAAAAUCAUUCCUCUUUGUUCGUCGGAUUGUGUGGCAUCGAAAGGAGCUAAAGUCCGAAAAAAGAUUUCUACGAGAGGAUUAUUAAUUGAACCCUUAAUCCGAGAGGCAUCGCUUACCAGGGAUAAUCCCCAAAGUUAUAACGAAAUAUCUUAUAUCCCGCCUAAAUUUCUUAAACUGCUCGAUAGAGAGAUAAAUCAAGAUAGAUCGCGAUGA